GUCAUAGCACAAAACGGCAGUAGAGAAAGAGUAGAAGGAAGGAACACGUCAUUGGUUCAUAUUUAAGUUACAGGAUGAGGAAAAACGCGACAACCUAACAGUUACUUCAGCUGAUGUUAUUGCAUUGUACACAUUAACCUUAAAGUAAGCGCUAUUAAAUGCAUUAUGUCAGAGUCCACGACCCCAGGAAAAAAGGGCAAUUUGACCGGAAGUGCCAGAAAAUUAAAGGACGACGCCGCAGACUGGCAUAAUCUCAUUUUGAAAUGGGAGCGAUUAAAUGACGAGGGAUCCACGAUUGCGACUAAAAUAGUUAAUCUGGGACUGAGCAAAAAAUCAGAUUUUGAGCCUGAUGUUGUGAUGGAAGGAGGCAGGUUGGCAGCUGGAGACAUUUCAGAGAACAUGAAACGGAGCAACCAAGAGCUGGAGGAAGAAUGUGUGAAGUUACAAGACGUUGUGGAGAAACUGGCAAACAUACUGUCAAAGAUGGAGAAGAUGGUCCAUGCCGAACGCGGGAUCUGUGAGUUAGAAGCGUUCCAGUAUGGAGAGAAAGGAAGAGCAGCACCACUCUUUCACACGUGGUCCACACAACAGUUUGUUGAAGUAUCUUCCAAGCUUUACGAGUCAUACAAGCAGGAGUUGGCGCUGAAGAAGACUAUACUACAAGAAUUGGCCCACACUGCUAAUGCUGAUCUUUCUAUGGUCUACCUGUCGUCAUGGCUGUAUCAACCCUACAUUGAGGACAGUGGAAAACUGCUACUAGAGAGUUUGCUAUUGGAAACAGGUCACAGACCUUUGUGAUUCAGUCUAUGCAUGAGGACUAUGUAAACAAAUUAAAAGCAUAUCAUGACAUGUAUACAGCUUUGAUUUAAUCGGUUUAACCUUCAAAUUUAUUUCUCAAAAAUAUCCUAUUUUUAUACUGUAUUACGUCCCUGUAAGCAGUCUGUACCAUACAAAGUCUUAACUCCAUAAACUCGCUCACAAAA